AUGGAAUCGAUUUUGCUUGCAAUUAUGGCCACACACGGUAUUUUGAGCAUCAUAAUCCUACCUCUUUACCGGAAUGGCUUGCCAAAGGCUUCACGUGGCAGAUUGAUCCUGAUAACCAGCGCUGCUAUUGGAUCGUGGGCUGCUGUAACUGGCGCUGUGGACUUGGCAGCUUCCUGGGGUCGGAUUUUACCCUGGUUUAUUGCGGCCAGCCAUGCCAUCAAAGUAUAUUAUGAAGCAAAAGCUGCGGACUCCUCUCCUUCUGUGAUGGAUGCUGCUGCUUCGACUGUACUUCUGCUCGGCGUGGAAGUCAUUCGCUGCAGCCAAGAGCCUGAAUGUUCAGGUACUUCGUGGCUACUUUUUGUCAAGAUCUUGCCGUCCUUUCUACUGCUUGUUAUACUCCUUUCGAUUCCAAGAGGAAAUGACGACUUACAGGGAGGUUUGUCUGUCGACCGACAAAACACGGCACCUCUCAUCGAGGCUCUUACGUUUCUAUGGCCUAGAAAAGUGUUCAAACUCGACACGUUAAGGCGAGAGGACGUCGAAGCCCUACCAGUCCUCCCCACGAGCCUCCGAACAGAGAAGUUGUCGGAGAGUCAUCGACGUUUUGCCCGCGGGCUGGACUCGCACAAGCUCGGCUUCGUUUUGAUCAGGGAGUACCUAGGCGCGCUAACUCUCCAAUGGUUUCUGUCAAUUUUGAACGCCUUGGCUCUUCUCGGGCCAAAAUUAGUCACGUAUCGGCUGCUGCAGCAUCUCAGCGGCGAACGCGAGGCUGGCAACCGCGACAGUCUGUUCUUGGCUUUGCUCCUCGGCGGAUCGAAAUUUCUGCCUGUUCUCCUUUGCGCUUGGAUAAGAUGGAUAGGCACUAGCAUGAUUGAUAUACCGAUGCAAAGUACGCUAUCAGCGUUAACGUACCAAAAGAUCCUGUCUCUACCCGCUACAGCUGCCAGCGACGAGGACAAACAGGCACAACGCAAGGAAACAUGGCUACAAAUGGACGGUCUAAGUCUUCGCGCUUGUUAUUGGUUUUCCACUUGUCAUGUGGUCGUCGGGCUAUUGACACAGCUCAUCGCCACAACCGCCGUCCUCGUCGCCCUCGUUGGUUGGAAGUCGGUCGCCGUCGCCGUCGCAGCUGUGCUUCUGAUAGCGCCUGUUACCGCAUCAAUGGUGGAGCGCUGGACUGCCUUGCUGAUUAAAAAUUGGAAGUCUGGCCGUGAGCGAAGUGCGGUUCUGCACAAGGCGCUCCUCGCUAUUCGCCAGAUUAAACUCUCUGCCGCGGAGCCUUUUUGGAAGCAGAAAAUCUACAACAUUAGAGAUAAAGAGGUGCAGGGAUAUAAUGACAUUGCCUGGUUACGGUUCUGGAUGGUAAUGGUUGAGAAUAUCGGCCCGGACAUUCUGAGCGGUGUUCCGAUAUACGUCUAUGCGUGGCAGGGUCAUGCUCUGACUGCGUCGGUGGCGUUUACAUUCCUCAGUCUGUUCAAAGAGCUUCAGCCGAACCUAGUGGAUAUACCAGAACGGUUCUCUCCCAUCAGAACCGGCUGGGCAACUGCGGGCGAGUUGGAUGCCUUUCUGAGAAAGGAAGAGAUAAGCGAGCCUCAAUUUGUCUCUUCCAAUGCAUUGGCAUUGCGUGAUGCUGCCGUUACUUGGCACAGCGAAUUGAGCGAAAAGGCGACUUUUCAGCUGCAAAGUCUCGAGGCAGAAUUUCCUACCGGCGAGCUGAGCAUCAUAACUGGAAAGACGGGAUGCGGAAAGUCUCUGCUCUUGUCUGCUCUUGCUGGUGAAGCGAAGAUCUUGUCUGGUGACAUUUGUCGUCCUCAAUCUUGCAAAGAAGAACACAGCGAGGAGCAUCCUGCGCUGGAAUGGGUCAAGCCUGGGACUUUUGCGUUUGUAUCCCAGACACCGUGGAUGGACAACGCAUCCAUCCAAGAUAAUAUCCUCUUUGGCCUGCCACUGGUUGAAGAGCGCUAUGCUCGUGCCCUUUACUGCUGCGCGCUGGAAAAAGACUUACUCGGGUUUGAAGAUGGAGACAUGACUGUCAUUUCAAUCAAAGGUGUCUCUAUCAGCGGCGGUCAGCGAUCUCGUAUCGCUCUAGCGCGGGCUCUCUAUUCCCAAGCCAGCUUCCUGUUGAUGGAUGACGUGCUGAGCGCGGUCGAUGUCGAAGUCCGCGAGUGGAUUGUAGAAAAGGCACUGUGUGGCAGCCUCGCCCACGGCAGGACUUGUGUUCUUGUGACGCAUCACGAGGAGCAAUUGCGCUCGAGGAUCUCAUGCCGACUGCUUAUUCGCGAUCAGACUGUAACGAGUGAGCUGGUGUUCAGCAGCACUUCCUCUUCAUCAACCGAAAAGGGCUCUAGUGAAUCUUCUCACCCGAAUGAUGGCUUCGACUAUACACAGCAUUGCCGGCAAAAUCGUCGUCCGUCGGAGAAAGAAACCGCCAUGCCGGUUCAGCAUACCCAGCCAGAUACAGCAGGGGAGAGCUUCCACAUAGCUCCCUAUGUCAUGUAUUUUAAUGCUAGCGGUGGCCGAGCAAGCUGGUUACUUGUUUUUAUUACUUUAAUUGUCUGCGAAUGGAGCAGAAUGUCUGCCUUCUCUUGGCUCGAGGAAUGGGUUUCGGAGAGUGAAGCUCCUCUAGAGCCCACGAGGCCCAAUUCUCUUUCUCCUGGUCAAGCAUACAUGCUCAUGAGCGCUUUGACAACGCUGACUGUAUCCAUGAGAGGCUUCAUCAUGUUCAAGCUCCACAGAACUGCCUCAAAGAAACUGUUUCAUCAGAUCACGGAGCACAUUUUCGGAGCACCACUGCAGUGGGUUGAAUCAGCUUCGCACGGCGAAAUUCUUCAGCGCUGUGAUCGAGACAUGAGAAACGUCGAUGAGGACUUGACAUAUGCCAUUGGACCAUUAUUCGCGAUAAUCAGUCAGCUCAUUACCUUUAUGUGGACUAGUUCGUUGUAUGCUCCAGACGGUGUCUCCACGUUGCGCGCCUACGAAAUGAAAGACCACUUUAUCCGGCGCGCGAACAGACUACUCGAUAAAAGGGCGUCUGCUACAUGGUAUCAGAGUCUGCACGGCGUCGUGACAGAUUUUCAGAUCGGCUCCCUGGGCGCCUCCUAUGUCGCACUGGCCUGCUACUUUAUUGCAGUAUCCGGGGCGGGAGCUGGCACUGUAGGCACGACACUGGCCUUUGCUGUACAGCUCAGCGAAACGUUGUCGAGCUGCCUCCGGCACAUAUCCGCCAUGGAUUCGGGCCUCAUGUCCGCCGAGAGGCUUGUCCAGUAUGGUUCGAUUGAGCAGGAGCCCUCUGACGGCUCAGAUGUUGGAGACUCAUGGCCUGAAGAGGGACAAGUUCAAGUCUCCAACUACAGGGCAGGCUAUGGUCCUGGACUGCCUGAUACUCUCCGCGAUGUAACUUUUACCAUCAAGCCUGGUGAGCGGGUUGGCGUGGUUGGCAGAACAGGCGCUGGAAAGUCAACGUUGGCGCUGUCUUUUGCCCGGCUUAUCGAGAAAAGAGGCGGAACCAUCCGCGUCGAUUCGGCCGACAUUUCGCGCAUCAAGCUCCAAGUUCUACGCAAACAGAUUCUCAUCAUUCCUCAAGAUCCAUAUCUCUUUGGUGGUACUCUGCGAGCCAUCAUCGACCCAGACAACGCACAUUCGGACGAGGAAUUAGCUGCCUGCUUGCAGCGGUUUCGAUUCUUUCCCACGACUGUACACGUAGAAACGAAGAGUGGUGCCGAAGCGCUUGACUUGUCAUUCAUGGUCAGUGAUGGCGGCGCCAAUCUUUCUCAGGGUCAGCGACAGAUCUUAUGUCUUAUCCAAGCGACGCUCUCUCGGAAAAAGGUUGUGAUAAUGGACGAGGCGACAAGUGCCGUGGACAUGGAGACGGAUUCCGCGAUACAAGCUGUGAUCCGGGAGGGGCUUCUAGACACCACAGUCAUGGUGAUUGCUCAUAGGCUGGCCACUGUCGCUCACCUGGACAAGGUGCUAGUUAUGGAAGAUGGAAAAGUGGUGGAAUUUGGUAAGCCAGCUGAGCUGUAUCAGCAGGAGGGGCAAUUCCGGGCGCUGGUCAAUCGUAGCAUUGAUAAAGAGGAACUCGUCAAGGCCUUUACGCUCCAGUAG